CUUCGCUCUAUAUAUUGUCAUCUCCCAUAGGCUCUGAGCUGCGUUGUUGAACGGUUGUAUUGGCGUUACGGCCCAGGGCCUGCUGUCUGCGCCAGUCUGUGGUGCUGCUCACGCCGCCACCCCAACAGCAAGUUAGAAGAUGCAGUACGAGUACAAUACGUCCAGUGUGGCCGCUGUUCUUGUGUGUGUGGGGCUUCCUGUGCUUUUUGGGUACCAUAAUCGACAAAUGGAAAUUGCUCCAACGGCUCAAAGAGUGCACUGGCGAAGGAGGCUGCAACAUGCAACCUGCGGUGUGGCCGUCACGUGCGGCUACAAGUGGGUCAUUAGGGACGCGCGGACAGUGGUGGCGAUAUUAAGUAUCGCCUGCGCCAGCUUCCUGGCACUGCAUCGCUUGAGGCGUCGCUUGAAAAGCGUGGACAAGCUCUAUAUCCUGCUGCUUGGACCCUUGCUCCGGCCACACGAGAUUCGCGGGCAGCUACCAGGCGGGUUCUGGUUCAUGGUUGGAUCCGCCGCGGCAGUGGGGCUGUUCUCGAAAGACGUGGCCCUCCAGAGCAUUCUUCACCUCUCGUUGGGAGAUCCUGUUGCUUCGGUGGUGGGCAUAAAGAAGGGCGAGGGAAACCGAAUAAUGCCGGGAGGGAAAUCCUUGGCGGGGUCCUUCGCUGCAUUCCUGGCGUGCUCGCUAUCGACCCUACUGCUCUUCGGGUGCUGCUGUCGUCCACCUAGCGACGAGGGGCGCGAUUCCGACCACGUUAGCGACAGCUAUCUCCUCAGCAGUUCGAUCUUCGGCCACUUCAGCGCGUGUACUGCCGUUGGGCGAGGCGGUCGAGAUAGCGGUGGCAGUGGGAUGCCGCUGUUGCUGUGGUUUGCGUUGCUGGGCGGCGUGAGCGGGGCCGUCGGAGAGCUUCUCCCUCUAGGGGUGGACGACAACCUUUCCAUGCCAAUAGUAUCAGGCCUGAUGUUCCUCGCAUUGAGAAAGUGUAGUACCUUCGAUGGACCGGGAUGAUCACAGGGGACGUGUAAGAAUCGCGUAGAUUUGAUGACAGCAACUUCUUCUGUGGUGAACCGCCGUCAACUUUGCUCUGUGAUUGUAUGACGACAGUCCUUUCAGUGGUGUAGCGCCACCAACUUCGCUGGGCAGGGCUGAGAGUGCCGCACGCAGACCACCCUGAGGUGCACGCACGAGGGUGCUGGUUUCUGUAUCUAGCUGGAUUCCGACGUUUUGGUGCGAGUAGGAAUCAGCCGGGGGGUGUUGUGUAGGUGCUGCCGUCCGGAGUGUCACUGUCGUGCUGGUCUCACCGAGUCAGCACAAAUCGAAAGUCUACCUAGAGGUUGACGGUCACUCGUCCGCAAGCUGGAGUUUCAGAGCAAAGCCACUUCCGACGAAGGCAGAAUCUUAU